CCUGCGAUCUUUCCUUUGGAUUCAAGUGAUGACCUUUUCGAUUGAAGAAGUCAACAAAGAUCCUAUUCUCCUACCAAACAUUUCUCUGGGCUACAGGAUCCUUAGCUCGUGUGCAUCUCCCACAAGUGCUUUACGUGCUGCUCUGGCUCUGGCUAGUGGAUUAGAGGAGAUCAACCCUGUUUCACUUUGUCCUCCAGCUAUUUCUGCCCUUAUAGCAGAGUCAGGAUCAUCCCAGUCCAUACCUGUGGCUGGAACAUUUGGACCUUUUCAUCUGCCAGUAGUGAGUUACUUCUCAGCAUGUGCUUGCCUCAGUGACAGAAUCAAAUAUCCAACAUUUUUUCGUACAGUCUCCAGUGACUAUUUCCAGGCAAAAGCUCUGGCAGCACUAAUGAGGCAUUUUGACUGGCAGUGGAUUGGAGUCAUACAGUCAGACAAUGAAUAUGGCCGGAGUGGGGUAAAUGGGUUAAGUCAAGAAGUUAAAAGGUUUAAGGUCUGCAUUGCAUUUGUUGCAACAAUCCUACGUACGUAUACAAUAAAUAAAAUUCAAAAUGUUGUGAAUAUAAUAAAGCAGUCAACUGUGAAAGUCAUUCUGGCUUUUGCUACUGAAGGUGACUUUCAUCCUUUGAUGCUAGAGAUAGUGAAACAGAACAUAACAGGGAUUCAGUGGCUUUCUAGUGAUGCCUGGAUAACAGCAGCUCGACCUUCCACACCAGAAAUGUACCAGGCUUUUGGUGGAGCUCUAGGGUUUGUAGGUCGGAAGAUGGCUAUUCCAAAAUUAAAACCAUUCCUUACAAAUAUUGAUCCAUAUAAAGACCAAAAUACAGCAUUUGUGAGAGAUUUCUGGGAGAUCAUGGCUGGUUGUAGACCUGUUUUAUCUGGGGAGACAGUUGAAGGAAGUAAAAUAUGCAAAGGGAACGAGACAAUAGAUUACCAUCAUACAUUUUUUGAUGUAACAGAGCUCAGAGAUCCCUAUAAUGUGUAUAAAGCAGUUUAUGCCAUUGCACAUGCUCUACACCGGCUGCUAUUCUGCCAACCAGUUGGGGAAAAAACAAUGAAGCCUUGUUUGAAUAUAUCAGAACUUCAGACUAAACAGGUCACUGAACAGUUACAAAAAUUAAACUUCACAAAUCAGUUUGGAGAUAACAUCUUCUUUGAUGAGAAUGGAAACCCACCAGCCUAUUAUGACCUGAUCAACUGGCAGCUGAUUAAUGGGAAAGUGCAGCAUGUCACAGUGGGUCAUUAUGCCUCUGUUGCUAAUGGUGUUUAUGAGCUCAGCAUCCAGAAAAAUGAGAUUGUUUGGAGAACUGGAAAAAUGGUUCCAUCUUCAUUGUGUUCUAAUGAUUGCCCAAGAGGAACCAGGGAAGCUCAAAUUAAAGGAAAACAUCCCUGUUGUUUUGAUUGCAUAUCUUGUGAUGAUGGAACCAUUGCCAACUCAACUGGUGCAGCAGAGUGCUCACCCUGUCCACAGGAAUACUGGUCAAAUGACAGGAAAGAUGAGUGUAUUCCUAAAGCCAUUGAGUUCCUGACAUACCAGGAACCCAUAGGAAUAGCAGUCACAGUGGUAUCUCUGCUAGGAGCCUCUUUGUCACUGGCCACGUUGAUGGUCUAUAUCCGCUACAGAGAAACCCCUGUGAUUAAGGCCAGCAACUCUGAGCUGAGCUGUUUCCUCUUGUUCUCUCUCUUGCUAUGUUUUCUCUGUCCUCUUACUUUCAUUGGCAGACCCACACUCUGGACAUGCAUGCUACGCCACACAGCGUUUGGUGUGACCUUUGCCCUUUGUAUUUCCAGUGUCUUGGGAAAAACUAUUGUUGUUGUCACAGCUUUCAAAGCCACAUUUCCAGGAAACAAUGCUGGAGCUAAGUUUGGUCCCUCACAGCAAAGGAUCAUCGUUUGCUCCUGCACUGUGAUUCAGAUAAUCAUCUGUGUAUUGUGGCUAAGACUGAACCCACCUUUCCCAGACAUGGUUUUCAGAUACAGCAAUAAGAAGAUUGUUUUAGAAUGUAACCCAGGCUCUGAGGCAGCUUUCUACGCAGUGCUAGGUUACAUAGGACUCCUGGCAAUAACAUGUUUAGUUCUGGCGUUUCUAGCUAGAAAGUUGCCUGAUAACUUUAAUGAGGCUAAGUUCAUCACAUUCAGUAUGCUGAUAUUCAGCGCUGUGUGGAUCACCUUCAUCCCAGCCUACAUCAGCUCUCCAGGAAAGUUCACUGUAGCUGCUGAAACAUUUACAAUUUUGGCUUCAGCUUUUGGUUUAUUAAUUUGCAUUUUUGUAUCUAAAUGUUAUAUUAUAUUGAUCAAACCAGAGAAAAAUACCAAAAGACAUGUCAUGGGAAAAAGUUAA